AAGAACAAUUCUACAACCUUCAAGGGUUUAGUUGUGGAGUGUUUUCUGCUGAGCACGUAGUGAUUAGUUAAGAUGUUAUCUUUUUGAACCUUAAGCUUUCCUCUAUCAGUUAGUAGUUGAGAUGAAUGUAAAGGCACACAUGCUAUCAAACCUAUCGUGUCAUAACAUUCCCACAGAUUUUGACAAAUGACCAGAACUCACUUUCAUUAUUACAAAUUUUUAAUUAGAUUAAACAGAUUAGAUUUACAACUGUAGUAUCUGUUGACUUUUAGGAUGAGUUGAAGUAUUGUGAUUUGGUUGAUUUUCAAACUCUGGGGCACCGGGUGGCUCCAUGUUGAUUGGCAGGGUGGCUUCAGGGAGGAGUCUUUUCUGAUAGAACUAGCUCACUCUUCCAUCCGGAGAAAGAAGGGUACGGCAGAGCGUGAGCCGUUAGCACUCAGCAAACUGCUGACAGUGUUUUUGUGAGGGUAAAACAGAUCCAUCUAGAGCCAACAAUGUCUACCGAUAGUGCCUUGGAGGUAUACAAGGAGAUGGUGCUUCUCUACUUGGAGGAAGCCCGAAGGUUGGUGAACGUACAUUGCAGGGACUUCGAGCCAUGGCAGAUCAUCGGAGUGACACUUUUCAGCACGCUGACAGCAGUCUGGCUUAAAGGAUUCCUCUUCCAGCAAGAAAGUCUCCUUUCAAGAAUGAAGAAGCAAUGCUUUCGACUCAUCAGAAAAAUACCCUUUGUUGGCGGAGCGAUCCAGAGCCAACUGAACAAGGCUUUAGAUGACAUGUCUGCCAGUCUGUGCACUCUGAAGAACGGCAUGAGCUAUACUAAAAAGCUGCCCUCUAAAGGUCUUUCGCAGAAGCAAGUGCUGGAAAAGAUCAGCGAGUACCAAACUCUGAAUGAGGUGAAGUGGCAGAGCGGCUGUGUUUCAGGCGCAGUGUACUGGGGUGAUGAUACACUCACUAAACUACUAGUAAAAGUGUAUGGAGAUUUUGCAUGGAGUAACCCACUUCACCCGGACAUCUUUCCUGGAGUAAGAAAGAUGGAGGCAGAGGUCGUCAGAAUGUCUUGCACACUUUUCAAUGGUGGACCCAGCUCCUGUGGCACAGUAACUUCAGGAGGAACAGAGAGUAUACUGAUGGCCUGCAAGGCUUACCGGGACAUGGCCUAUGAACGUGGUGUCAAAUACCCAGAAAUUCUGGCACCAGUUAGCGUCCAUGCAGCCUUUGACAAAGCGGCACAUUACUUUGGGAUGAAGCUUGUUCACAUUCCCCUUAAUAAGAUAACAAUGCAAGUUGAUGUGAAGGCUAUGAAGAGAGCAAUAAACAAGAACACGGCCAUGCUUGUAUGCUCAGCCCCCCAGUUUCCACAUGGGAUUAUUGACCCCAUUGAAGAAGUCGGCAAGCUGGCUGUUCGCUACAGUCUUCCAUUCCACGUGGAUGCCUGUCUGGGCGGUUUUCUGAUCGUUUUCAUGGCCAAGGCUGGCUACUCUCUCGCACCCUUCGACUUCAGGGUUAAAGGUGUUACCAGCAUCUCUGCAGAUACUCACAAGUACGGUUACGCACCCAAAGGUUCCUCGGUGGUUCUCUACAGUGAUAAAAAGUACCGUCACUACCAGUACUUUGUGGCUCCAGACUGGCAGGGCGGAAUAUACGCCUCGCCUUCAAUAGCGGGCUCCAGGCCUGGAGGAAUUGUUGCUGCCUGCUGGGCGACCAUGAUGCACAUGGGCGAGAAUGGAUAUGUUGACGCUACUCGCAAGAUCAUCAGUGUAGCACGCAAAAUCAAAACUGAGAUCAGAAGGAUGAAAGGCGUGUUUGUGUUUGGGAAUCCAGAAGUUUCCGUGGUGGCGAUUGGCUCGAACGAUUUUGAUAUUUUCCGUCUAUCUAACGCACUGACGUCAAAGGGCUGGAAUCUGAACACACUUCAGUAUCCAUCCAGCAUCCACAUUUGUUGCACAGUCCUGCACACACAGCCAGGUGUGGUGGAACGCUUUAUUAGUGAUGUCAGGGAACAAGUUGCCAUCAUUCUGAAGAACCCAAAAGAAAAAACGACGGGAAUGGGAGCGAUCUACGGCAUGGCUCAGUCCAUACCAGAUAGAUCUAUGGUAACGGAGAUUUCCCGAGGCUUCCUGGAUUGUCUCUACAGCACAGAAGUGCCCAAGUCAAGCACUAACCACAUGAACGGUAACGGUAAAGCCCACUGAGAAAAAGGAUCAGGGUUUUUCUGAGCUCGCUGCAAACGGGAAACUUGCUCAUGCUCUGCCGUGCGCCAAGUUCAUCGCCGAAUGGUUGCCUUAUCCUGGAGAAUGCCUGCACAGGUUUUUAAAGCACAACUUCUAAUCACCCCAGAGGCAAAUCACUCAAAGACUGGCUCGCUUAAAAGACUUUUGGUGCUUAGUUUGAUUUAAAUAAUGUAGUGAAUGUGUUUGCGUCAUUAGAAUCAUUUCAAAAUUAGCCAAUCUGCAUCGGAAAGCCAGAACCUUUAACUUUGCUGCUGCCAUUUUUCUCAACCGAGGAUGACUCGGCAAAAAAAAAAAAACACCACUGAGAGCUUGCCGCUGCUUUGUUUGUGAAACAGGAUCCAACUGCAUGAGAUCGCUUCUGCAAAUCAUGACAACCGUUUGUUUUUAGGUUAAAAGCACUGCAGUGGACUGACAGGAAAUCAGGUUCCUAUUUAAACCUGAUCGUACCACUCUGUCAUCCUGUACACUAAAGUCCUAUCUUGAUAGCACUUCAUGUAAUUCCUUACAAUUGAUUUAUUUGUUGUACUUUUUACUUUGAUUUGUAGACAAGAGGGAGAAUUAUUUCAAAUGUGGAACGUUUUGUAUCACUUUUUAGGCAAAUGCGCUUGAAAUUGAACAGCUAGUGUAACCCAAAGCUUAACACAAGUUAACAGGUAUACUGCUUGUCUUACACAUUUGAUAUCAAACAGCCCUGUGACUACGUGCUAAAUCACAUUUAAAAGGUAAUUAAAGUGAUUGUAGCAGUUUCCUAAAAUUUUGGUCAAAUGCUUGACUUUGUUUGUAAAGUCAUCUAUAUUUUGGUCGUGUCCUAAUUCAAUCUACCUCACUUCUACAUUUUCAGUGCAAACCUAAGGAGCAACCGCUUGCUUUUAUGUUAAACUCUAACACUGUCAGGGUAUUUGAAUUAUCUCGAUAACAAAAAAAGAGAGAGCCACCUUAAUUGAGGCUAUUGAUUCACUACUCAUUUUAACCUCUGCACACAAAGGACCAUGUUUUAUAUUCAUGGCAUUGUUUCCCUUUUUGUGCAAUAACUUUCUUUUAUUAAAUGAUGUAAUAGGGACUAUUCUAUAAUAAUAGUUGACAAAAUGUAAUCGUGUUUCUUGACAGCUUUUCAGGCCAGUGGGUGGUUUUCAUUCUGGCAAAUGUUUAAUAGCUCUCAAAUGAUGGAAAUAUAUGAAUGUUUGUACAUGCCUGAUCUGUACUCCUAUCGGGGUUUUAAUGUUGAUUCAGAUAGUGCCUGGUUCAAAACUGAUGGCGACACUGCCCCCUACCUAUGAAACAAAUCUCAAUGGAUAAAUAUUCACAUUCGAUUCGCAUUUUUUUUCCUUCUCAGUUGGGGAAAUAUAUAGCAGCACUUUUAAGUGACUUACUGUAUGCUGUAGAUUCAGUGGACAUUUUUAGGAUGUAGCAAUAAUGAGUGUUCACCUCUGUGCCUACAGAGGUUUCCGGUCAUACUACUUUAUUUCCUCUUAACAACCUCAGGGAUUCAGUCGUGUAUCAGACGUUGUGAAGGUCCACUGCGCUUACCCAGGGUGACACAAUAGUCAGCCACGCAAAUUCAAGACAUCUCAAUUUGUUAUGUCGAGAGAGAAAUAAGAUUUCAGUCUGGUUGGUUGGCUGAGAAUUCUCCGCACCACAACAAAAUGUGAAAUUAGGCAAUGUAAAGAAUGGGCAGUUUAGUGUUAAGGUUCGUUCACUUGGAAUCUGUAGUGUUCUGUUUUCAAUAAAAUAAAUAUGCUGUGAUUUGUUGAUUAUUUGGGGAGGGGUAAUAAGGGUGUCCUUUUUAUUUAAAACAAGGAAUGAAUGGAAAAAGUUGCAAUCAAAUAUUUUACUACAAAAAAAAAGACACUUUGGUGUAAAUGAAACUAAUAUUGUAAGUAAUACUGUGUGUAGCCAAAUGUGAUUCUUCAAAAAUUUUACUACAAAAAAAGACACUUUGGUGUAAAUAAAACUAUUAUUGUAAGUAAUACUGGUUGUAGCCAAAAUAUGAUGCUAAAUCCGGAUAGUUCCACCACCAAUAUUUACCAAUACCACUAAUUAGAACUGGAAGGAAUCAUCGUUUGGAAAAUUUGUUUUCCUUUAAUAUUUUCCAUUAUCUGCAUUGUCAACUAUUUUGAACUAUAAGUGUGAAAUUCAGACUUCAGUCAGUGUGCCCUAUUGAAUAAACUUAGUUUUUUAAAGGACAAUAAUUCCUGAAACAUUAACAUUUCACAAUGAAAAUUCCUAUCAACUGUUUGCAGAACCUCCAUUUGACAUUUUCAGAGAACACUGCAUUGCCAAACAUUAUUGAGCGGAAUUGGAAUUAGCCAUUUAAGGUACACCGUGUCCUGAUUACCAUAGCUCAGUGGUUCUUAACCUGGUUCGAUCGAACCCGAGUGGUUCGGUGAGUAAGUCAAAAGGGUUCGACUAAGGUAAAGAAACGCAGUCCUAUUUUUGUAUGCUGAUUAAAUCUAGGCAAAGUGGCUUUUUAGACCAUGUUUGGAGUAAUAUGCUCCCAAAUUACAGGCUUAAUUUCUUUUAACUGCUGUUUCUCAGUGGAAGAUUGACUCGCACUUGGUCUGAAGAAAUACAACAGACCAAUGGGCCGCGUGGUCUCAAAUUUUGACCCGUUUAUAAAGAAUGCUGUCAAAAUGAGAACAAUCUUGAAUGGGCAUUUGCUAAAUUAUUAACCAGCUAGCUUAGAUAUAUUGGUUUUGAAUUUGAAAAAAAAAAACUUUAUUAUCUAAUUCAGAAGGGUUCAGUGAAACUUGUGGGGUUCGGUACCUUUAGCAAGGUUAAGAACCACUGCCAUAGAGUAAGCAUUUAUAAAGCUUUUCCAGCUCAUGGUCACAUUAGAGAGGCUUGAUCAAUGAAGGUGGCCAAAGUGAUGUCACGCUGGGAGAGCCCCCCACAGUCAUGCGUGCUUAGGGUGAUCUGCACCUGGAUGGUAACAAUACACACAGGAAAAAGUUAGGACACUCCUGUAUUAAACCAUGUACAUCAUAGUCCCCUCUGGAAUCAGCGGGGAAAGAGCGUAAUGCAAGAGCAAUCCUGAUUCUGUGGCGAGC